UGCUUUCAUAAGAGUUACAUCACGUCGAACCACGACUGCAUGCCGGUAACUUUGUCUGAAAACCGGGAGGCGUGACUUCAUUCAGCACUUUAUAUCGAAGGAUUCUACAUUAGCUAGCAUCUUCAUCAAUAUAGCAGACAAUAUUUCAGAAAUGGAGCCCUUCGAUGAGCAUGAGUCAAAGUUUAUGAGGAAAGCAAAGGAGAAUCCAUUUGUCCCAGCAGGGAUGGCAGGAUUCUUUGCGAUUGUGGGCUAUGGCCUAUACAGAUUGAAGACCCGAGGGGACACCAAGAUGUCCAUCCAUCUCAUCCAUAUGCGUGUGGCUGCCCAGGGAUUCGUGGUGGGAGCAAUGACCAUUGGAGUAAUCUAUUCAAUGUACAGGGACUACAUUGUGAAGCCCAGAGAACAGGAGAAGGCUCUGAAAAACCAAUGAAAAUCUUGGAUUUUGUUUUUGUCUGGUAUUCCUCAGAUGACACCUCAUAUUAAGGUGUUAAGGGUUUAGUGUAUGUUUAGUAUAAGUGGUAUUCAUAUAUGACAUGGAUCAUAAAUCUGGCCCUCAAAUCCAAAUCCAGCUUUGGUUUUCUUUUCUCCCGGGUAAUUAACUGAACAGUGGGUGCUACUGAUUGGGCAGAUGGUUUUCGCACUGCACUCCCAGGUAAACAGAGGGUGGAAAACCAGCAUUUCUUGGCCCUUAAGGAACGUGAUUUGAUGAUCCCUGGCAUAUGAAUUACAUUAGUGCACCUGCUGACCAUACAUCACUGAGCUCAGACAAAAUAUAUUGAAUCUGUACAAAAUGCAGGGUCUUACUAAUUUAGACUUCAGGAUCAAUCCAUCCUGAACAUAUUGACAUCAUGUUGAUUAAGGAACUCUCAUUCCACGCUAAAAAUAUGUUUGAAGAUAUGGCACCAAAAGCAAAAAGAGUAAAAUAAAUUUGUUCAAAGUUAACUUUGCACUAGCACGAGUAAAUGGUUCCAAUUUGUGAAUGCUUAAAAUAUCUUCCUGGGAUUGGUAGUGGAGUUUAGAUUAAAAGCAAAUAAUGAGCUGGAGAGUGCAUGGUUAUUUGCGAAGGAAAGAAAAUUAUAAAAAUAACAGAACCCUGUUCUUUGUGUAUGUGCCAAGGUAUUUCAAACAGCCAUAUGCUCAAAAUAUUAGUUUAAUAUCACAUUCAAAAGGUGGCACUUCUUCCAGCAGGACAGUUGUCUUUGUACAAUAAAGUUUAAGAAGCUUAGAUAUACUGUUCAGAAUUUAUGUAUGUUGAUUAAUACCUCAUUCUGAUCUCUUCAAUAAUGAAAAGGACUGUUUUAUUUAUGGUUUUAUAAUUAUAUUAGGAUAAUAUUUUAUCUGCAGUCUGUUAUGAUAACAGCAAAUGCAUUUAUCUAGGGACAUUUAAUUUUUUGUGGCAUUUGUUUCUUUACUGUUGUAAGACAGACAGAACAAUGGUCACAUAAUAUCUCAAUGGAAAUAUCCGUGCAGGGAUUAAACUCUUAUCUACAUGGUACAUAGGCUAGGCCAUUUAUUUGUGUUAAAAAAAUUGUCAGAUUUCUGAAUGUCAGGAAAAAGGAGUAUUUAUUGUUUUUUUUUUGUGUGUCUGGGGGAUGGGGGGUUAUAAUGUCUUCAUGUCUUAUUAAAUUUGGUUCUCUUCUGUAA